AGCUCGCUCACAUUCAGUGUUUCAACCGCUUAUCGAUUCUUGCGCGUACUGGGGAGAUUUCGCGUUCAGCUCCGAGCCCUGAUGCUGGAGCGUGUUGUUGAGGGCGGAACUAUCGGUGUUCAUCAACAACAGCAUGACUCUUAACACUAAAUAAAUGGUUACCGGUCACGGGAGUCGGAGAAAGCUACUUUGGUAACGGUCACCGGCGCUUAAAAUCCCUAGACGGGUGAAGAGAGAAACGCAGCGCGGAGUUUUAAGCGUUCAGUUGACAGGUGGCCCGAUGCCGCCAGUUCAGAGAACUAUGUCGGAUCUCCGGACCCGUGCUGAAGGUUAUGAAAAGACAGAAGACACAUCAGAAAAGACUUCUCUAGCAGACCAGGAAGAUUCCAGACUAAUAUUUAUUAAUCAGCCCCAGUUUACCAAGUUCUGCAGUAAUCGUGUCAGCACUGCAAAGUACAAUUUCCUCACAUUCCUGCCUCGGUUCCUGUACUCUCAGUUCAGAAGAGCAGCAAACUCCUUUUUCCUGUUCAUCGCGCUCUUGCAGCAAAUACCUGAUGUGUCACCAACAGGAAGGUGGACAACGCUGGUGCCGUUACUCUUCAUCCUGGUGGUGGCAGCGGUGAAGGAGGUUAUAGAAGACCUGAAACGUCACAAUGCUGACAGUGUUGUCAACAAGAAAGAGACACAAGUAUUGAGGAACGGCGCUUGGGAGAUUGUACACUGGGAGAAGGUUGUGGUUGGAGACAUAGUUAAAGUUAAUGGCAAAGAUUUCGUACCAGCAGAUGCUAUACUGCUGUCGUCCAGUGAACCUCAAGGAAUGUGCUACAUUGAGACUUCAAAUCUAGAUGGAGAAACAAAUCUCAAGAUCAGACAGGGUUUGCAGAUCACUACGGACAUCAAGGAUAUUGACAGUCUAAUGCGUCUCUCUGGACGGAUGGAGUGUGAGAGUCCCAACAGACACCUGUAUGAGUUUGUGGGCAAUAUUCGACUGGAUGGACAUAGCACUGUACCACUUGGCCCUGAUCAGAUCUUGCUGAGAGGAGCACAACUCAGGAACACACAGUGGAUCCAUGGUAUCGUGGUCUACACAGGACACGACACCAAACUCAUGCAGAACUCCACGUCUCCACCUCUGAAGCUUUCCAAUGUGGAGCGCAUCACCAACUUUCAGAUCCUUGUGCUUUUCGGCUGUCUCCUGGCCAUUUCAUUAGUCUGCUCCUUCGGCCAAACCAUCUGGAAGUACCAGUACGGCAAUGACGCCUGGUACAUGGACCUCAACUAUGGUGGAGCGGCCAACUUCGGCCUGAACUUCCUCACCUUCAUCAUCCUCUUCAACAACCUGAUUCCCAUCAGUCUUCUGGUGACUCUGGAGGUCAUCAAGUUCGUUCAGGCUUUCUUCAUCAACUGGGACACUGACAUGCUGUAUGAAGUCACCAACACACCAGCUAUGGCCCGGACAUCAAACCUGAAUGAGGAGCUGGGACAGGUGAAGUACAUCUUUUCAGACAAGACGGGCACCCUGACCUGCAACGUCAUGCAGUUUAAGAAGUGCACAAUUGCAGGCGUGGCCUACGGUCAUGCAGCUGAAGUUGAGGAUGGUAGUUUUGCGGAGGAGGACUGUCACAGCUCUCAGUCCACUGAGGAAACUGGAUUUAAUGACCCCAGCUUACUGGAAAACCUCCAAAGUAAUCAUCCCACUGCUUCAGUCAUCCAAGAAUUCAUGACCAUGAUGGCAAUCUGUCACACGGCUGUUCCUGAACGCAUCGACGACAAGAUCACCUACCAGGCUGCAUCCCCAGAUGAAGGCGCUCUGGUUCGGGCGGCACAAAACCUGGGCUUCGUGUUCUCUGGGAGAACUCCAGACUGUGUUAUUGUGGAGUCGCAUGGAGAGGAGGAGAAAUAUGAAUUGCUGCACGUUUUGGAAUUCACAAGCGCCAGGAAGAGGAUGUCAGUCAUCAUGCGCACUCCAUCAGGAAAGAUCCGCCUUUAUUGCAAAGGAGCUGACACUGUGAUCUAUGAGCGAUUAGCAGACAGCUCCAGAUACAAGGACAUCACCCUGAAACACCUGGAACAGUUUGCCACAGAGGGGCUCCGCACAUUGUGUUUCGCUGUGGCGGACAUCUCAGAGUCGUCCUAUCAGCAGUGGCUGGAGGUUCAUCAUCGUGCCUCGACGUCUAUCCAAAAUAGGGCGCUCAAGAUGGAGGAAAGCUAUGAACUGAUUGAAAAGAACUUGCAGUUGCUUGGGGCCACCGCGAUUGAAGAUAAACUUCAAGACAAAGUACCUGAAACCAUCGAAACCCUCAUGAAAGCCGACAUUAAGAUCUGGAUCCUGACUGGAGACAAACAGGAGACUGCUAUUAACAUAGGACACUCCUGCAAACUGCUCACGAAGAACAUGGGCCUGCUGGUGAUAAAUGAGGACACCCUGGAUGGUACCAGGGAGACCCUCAGCCAUCACUGCGGCAUGCUGGGAGAUGCUCUGCACAAAGAGAACGACUUUGCUCUCAUCAUAGACGGAAAAACGCUGAAGUAUGCCCUCACUUUCGGGGCACGCCAGUAUUUCCUGGACUUGGCUCUUUCUUGCAAGGCUGUGAUAUGCUGCAGGGUUUCACCUCUGCAGAAGUCUGAGGUGGUUGAGAUGGUGAAAAAACAGGUGAAAGUGAUCACACUGGCCAUUGGUGAUGGAGCCAACGAUGUGGGCAUGAUCCAGACAGCCCAUGUGGGUGUUGGCAUCUCUGGGAAUGAAGGACUGCAGGCUGCCAACUCUUCAGACUACUCUAUUGCACAGUUCAAGUACUUGAAGAAUCUUCUGUUGGUUCACGGUGCUUGGAAUUACAACCGGGUUGCCAAGUGUAUCCUGUAUUGCUUCUACAAGAACAUUGUGCUUUACAUUAUUGAGAUCUGGUUUGCAUUUGUGAACGGUUUCUCCGGUCAGAUUCUGUUCGAGCGCUGGUGCAUUGGCCUGUACAACGUGAUCUUCACUGCUUUGCCCCCUUUGACCCUGGGUAUCUUCGAACGCUCCUGCAGGAAAGAGAACAUGCUCAAAUACCCUGAACUCUACAAAACCUCCCAGAAUGCAAUGGGCUUCAACACCAAGGUCUUCUGGGCUCAUUGUCUGAACGGCCUGUUUCACUCAGUCAUCCUCUUCUGGUUUCCCCUCAAGGCCUUCCAGCACGAUACUGUCUUUGGAAACGGAAAGACACCAGACUAUCUCCUCUUAGGCAACAUGGUUUAUACAUUUGUGGUGAUCACUGUGUGUCUGAAGGCUGGGCUGGAGACGUCGUCCUGGACCAUGUUCAGCCACAUUGCCAUCUGGGGCAGCAUUGCAUUGUGGGUAGUCUUCUUUGGCAUCUACUCCUCACUAUGGCCUCUGAUUCCUCUGGCCCCGGAUAUGUCAGGAGAGGCGGACAUGAUGUUCAGUUCAGGAGUCUUCUGGAUGGGUCUGAUCUUCAUUCCUAUCACCUCCCUGGUGUUUGAUGUGGCCUACAAAGUAAUGAAAAAGGUGUGUUUUAAGACCCUGGUCGAUGAGGUGCAGGAGUUGGAGGCGCUGUCGAAAGAUCCAGGAGCUGUGGUGCAAGGGAAGAGUUUGACCGAGAGAGCCCAGCUCCUGAAGAACGUCUUCAAGAAGAGCACCGUCAGUCUGUACCGGUCCGACUCCAUGCAGCAGAAUCUACUCCACGGCUACGCAUUCUCACAGGAUGAGAACGGAGUGCUCUCCCAAUCUGAGGUCAUCAGAGCCUAUGACACCACCAAGCAACGGACCAGCGAGUGGUGAGAUCCGGCUCGCCGGGCCCCGCCCCCUCUCAGCGGUCACUCAACUUUUUAAAGGCUGACAGAGAGCUGAAGCCUGUCAGUUUAACUUUGGCCAGCCAACGGAAAUGAAAAAUGAAGCAGUAUGAGAGAGAGAUGGAGAGAAAGAAAAAAAAACAAGUUCUGCUGUGCCGUAGUUGUAUGUUCAACAGCAGACACGAGCACUGUGCUAGCAUAUUUUCGCCCAGCCUGCGGUCAGUAUGGUUUCUCAUCUGUCAAACAGAGGAGAACAGCAUAAAGAAUUGACUCUCCUCUCUCCUCCGCCAUUCCUUCGGCUAUGAGUGUUACAGCCAAAAAAUCUGGUGUUGAUGAGGGUGGUGAUAAAGGUGUUGAGAAACGUUUGUGGUAAUGGUCUUUGACUGUGACUUCCUAAUCAUUAAUGGCACAUAAAACACUCCCUUUUGUUUUUAUAUUACCGAUGGAUUUGCGUCAGAAAACAAAAUUAAUUUCCAAAGAACAUUAAAAACGCACUCCCAAUAUAAUCAGGCUUGUUUUGACAACUUUACCCCUAGUUUUUGUUUGUUGUAUGUAUCAAGGCCUUAUAUUUGUUGUUGCCUUCAGCCAUUGAGUAUAUUUUCUUCGUUUUGUAUUUAGUUUGAAGUUUUUAAUGUCUCGUUUUUUUGAUCAGUCAGUUUAUCGUGCCUGAUUCUUCAAAUCUUAGCUUGCAUGUGUGUUUUUUUAACAAUUUGGCAACAUUUCAAUUCUGCAUUCCACAUCUUACACGGCUGCAAUGAUCACAAAGGUGCCUAACAGGAUUUUUUUUUUUCCCAGUGAGACUCUAGCUAGGCAGCGUUAGCGCACGCUUGCACGUCAGACCAAAAUAAUGAUGUAUCAGGCUGCUACACGGGCAAACUGAGCGCCACACAUUGAACCUUCGGCCCCCGUUUUUGCGCUCGGCUCAUCGUGAGGGGCCGGUGCGAAACUCUUCUAGACGAUCAGAUGUUCACCGUAACGUUUAUUUGACUUGUAACAGAGCGUUAACCCCUCGAACAUAAGUGCCAUUAGCAUAGGGGAGGAACGGAGGAUUUUGCCAGACCCACACAGUAUCGAUACAACUUUGUCUCUAUAGUUAUUUAGUGAAUUUGUAUUUUUAUAUUGGACUAAGUGUGACUUUUUGACUGAUCUGCUUUGUAAUGAAUCUGUCGUCCCUCUUUUUUGUGGUUCCCCUUCAGAAACUGGUCGUGGUUCAUGAGCUUACGUGACUACAACUGUCUUACUAACGCUUGUUUAUUUGAUGGUGGAGUUUGUGCGUUGGUUUUCUUCUCCCCGUGGGAGAGCACGUUUUGUAUAGUGCGUCUGCGCAACGUGUGUCGUCUGCAUGUGCAUGUGAGCUACGGAUGCGUGCGUGACUGCGUGAGUGUUCGUGACCCCGUCGGUGUGUGUGCAUGUCCGUUUAACUAUAUUAAAGCAGUUUUCCUGAGAGACUGGAAUGUGAGGAUGCGUGUGUGACGUCCUCCGUCGUCCGGUUGUGUGCGCCGCUGCUCGUUUCGUUCGUCUGCACGACUCCAGGUAUACUAACGGUGAGCUAUAUGCCGAUGCAUGGCCUGUACGUCAGCAGGUGUGUGCAGGUGUAAGUGUGUGAGCGCAUGUGUUCGUGUGUCUCGGUUCGUAUGAAGCUCUGCUAAAGCUUGACCAGAGAUGUUGCACAAUGCACUCUUUUAACUUUUCUGUGAUGAAUAUUCUCUUAUCUAGUUCAUAUCAGUUGCAGUAUUAUUUAUCUGGAUGGAUGUACUGUGUGUGUCCUUGAUUUAGUUUCAGAACUCACUGUAACUCUUCUUCUUCCAGCUGAAACAUCUUUUAUUUCACGUGGAAGGAAUACAUUUAUAGCUACUGUGCAUUUCGUUCCUUAAGCUGUGCUUUUGACCGAUCGCUGGUCGGCGUUGUGGGUCGAUGUCGUCGACUCGAACACUGGAAACAUGAUGUUGGUUAAAGGCUUGGACUGUUGCUUUGUAAAACCCCUGUCUGUCUAAGUGACUGAUUGCAUGAAUGGAAAAGUCGUUCUUGAUUUAGCCUAAAUGUUAACUGUGUACGCUGAAUCUCCCUCUAGUGUUGGUCACUUUAAAGAAUGAAAAUGCACUUUUAUAUGGUUUCAGAUUCUAUUGGGUGUUUUGGUUUUGCUUUCGGAUCUUUCUUUUAUGUCUUUUUGUUCAAUGAUUGUUUAGCAUGUUGGAACUGCAAACUUUUAAGUGUUUUGUCUUAUAACUGCCAUGAAGGACUACUGAAAUAAACUUUCCAACUGAUGCUG